AUGUUGCCAAAAAUAAGCGGACGUCUUCGAGUUUGCAGGUCUCAGAAUGCCAUAAAGUAAUUUUCCCGUUUUUUAUUUAAAAAAAUACAUUGAUUUUUUUGUUUUACAGUAAUCAUUUUAGGGACCAUUUCCUUCAAAUAUCCUUUAUUCGUUCUCUCAGUGGGGUGAAAUGGCCGAUUUUGAAGUCAGAAGUUGACCCUCAAAGUCCUGAUUUCCAACAGAAUGAGAAGGAAAUGAAUUUGGUGGUUCAAGAUCUCAGGAAAACCAUUGAUUCGAUAGUAAAUGGGACUGACGAGCGGACGAAACAAAGACAUCUUGCCAGAGGUAAACUGCUGGUGAGGGACCGGAUCGAAAAGUUGAUUGACCCGGGAACCCCAUUCCUCGAAUUCUCUCAAUUGGCCGCUCAUAAUAUGUAUGGAAAGGAUGUUGUAAGCUGCGCCAUCACAUUUAUUUUUACUUUCGUUUUUAUUCUUGUAGGUACCUUCAGCUGGUGUUAUCACAGGGAUUGGAACUGUGGCCAAUCGGCAAUGUCUGGUUGUGGCCAACGACGCCUGCACAAAGGGAGGGACUUAUUUCCCGAUCACCGUCAAAAAACACCUCAGGGCACAAGAAAUCGCGCUUCAGAAUAAAUUACCGUGCAUUUAUUUGGUCGAUUCCGGAGGGGCUAAUCUCCCGCGGCAAGCAGAUGUCUUUCCUGACAAGGAACAUUUUGGUCGAAUCUUCUUCAACCAGGCCAAUAUGAGUGCCGAGGGCAUUCCCCAGCUGGCUGUGGUCAUGGGAUCUUGCACUGCCGGAGGCGCUUACGUUCCUGCCAUGGCUGAUCAGGCUAUUAUUGUCAAGAAGAAUGGUACAGUUUUCUUGGGAGGGCCUCCGCUGGUAAAGGCAGCUACGGGAGAAGAGGUAAAAUGAAACAAAAAUUAAAUUUGGUCAGAAUGCUUCUGUAUUUGUUUAAAUUCAUUUACACUUAUAACACUUUUCAGAUCAGUGCUGAAGAUCUGGGUGGAGCAGAUCUGCAUUGUUCCGAGUCUGGUGUUACCGACUACUACGCCCACAAUGAUGAGCAUGCUCUAUUCCAGGCGCGGUCGAUUAUUGCUGGCCUAAAUCAAGAGCCGGCCAGAUUCCCAUCAACCUCGGGCAUCGAGGAUCCCAUUUACCCAUCUGAGGAACUGUAUGGAAUUGUGGGAACCAAUUUGAAGAAGACCUUCGAUGUGAGGGAAGUCAUUGCGAGGGUUGUGGACGGGUCCAGAUUUGAUGAAUUCAAAAAAAAAUACGGAGAUACAUUGGUCACGGGAUGGGCAAGAUUAUAUGGGAAACAGGUUGGAAUCAUCGGAAAUAACGGCGUUCUCUUUGCGGAAUCCGCCGUGAAGGGUAAGAUGACUAAAAAAUAUUUAAACUGCCAUCAUAUUAGGUGCCCACUUCAUCGAGUUGUGUUGCCAACGAAAAAUUCCUUUGAUAUUCCUCCAGAACAUCACGGGAUUCAUGGUGGGUCGUGAAGCCGAAGCCGGUGGCAUUGCAAAGCAUGGAGCAAAACUGGUAACCGCAGUAGCUUGUGCGAAAGUCCCCAAGAUUACUCUGAUAAUCGGUAGGAAAUAUGAUAUAGAAUUGUCAUCGAAAGAGUAAUUUUACUUUUCAAAUUGUUAUUUCAGGUGGCUCUUAUGGUGCUGGUAAUUAUGGGAUGUGUGGCCGAGCCUAUUCACCCCGCUUUCUUUACAUGUGGCCCAAUGCUCGAAUAUCUGUAAUGGGAGGAGAACAAGCCGCGAAUGUUUUGGCAACAGUCCAAAAAGAUCAGCGAGCUCGGGAAGGGAAGGGUUGGACUCAAGAAGAAGAAGAUGCUCUUAAGAAACCGGUAGAGGAGCGAUUCGAAAAAGAAGGCCAUCCGUACUUCGCGUCGGCCAGAUUGUGGGAUGAUGGUGUGAUCGAUCCUCGGGACACACGGAAAGUGCUUGGACUCUCACUGCAGGCGUCUUUAAAUGCUCCAGUUGAAGAGACCAAGUUUGGUGUGUUCAGAAUGUGA